AUGGAGGCCGUCGUCAACAUCUUGUUGAGCACUUUUCCAGGCUUGUCGCUUCCUGCGACGCUCUGUCUCCCCUUACCAGCAUCUUCAACUACCGCAGAUUUAGUGGCCGCUAUAGCAGAGCUUCUCCCUCCUAAUUUCCCAGAAACCACACACCUGACUCUGACCUCGACCCUAAACAAACCCGUGUAUCCCACGUCUACGAUCACCGUUGGAGAAUUGACAAGCCCAUCAUCAUCAUGUGGCCAGCAUGCCUGCAGCAGCUCUUUCCUCCCCCUCCGACUCUCUGCACCGCUCGUGGGCGGGAAAGGUGGGUUUGGCUCCCAGCUCAGAGCAGCUGGUGGCCGAAUGUCAUCGCGCAAGAAAAAACAAAAUGCAGAGCUUGCUUCAGGGAGCGCACGCAACCUUGACGGGAGAAGGCUGCGGACCAUCACAGAGGCCAAAAACCUGGCUGCGUAUUUGGCCACCAAGCCGGAAAUGGAUCGAAAGGAAAAGGAAGAAAGACGCAAGAGAUGGGAACAGGUCAUCCAACUAGCUGAGCAAAGGGAGGCCGAUAUGCGAGCAGGUAAGGGCCCUGAUGGCCGGCGGAAAGGUCUUAGUGAUGAGUGGAUUGAAACGAAAGAGGAGGUUGGAGAAAAUGUGCGAAAUGCCGUGAAGAUGGCCAUGUUGGCGAGCGACGAGAAGGAAGAGUCUAAGGGAGUGUCCGCACAAGAAGGAGAUAGCAGUGGCAGUGGAGGCUCCGGCGCCCCUAGUGACGAAGACAGCGAUGAGGAAGAUCUGAUGGAGCUAGACCCAGAGGAUAUGUCCCGGCUCAGAUCAGAAGCUGAAGCCGGCGACGUCGAUGCCCUCUGGGUCUUGCAGAAUCGACUCAAGAUCCCCUCUCAUUUACUACCGAAGCCCAAACAACCAGCUCGCCGGUUUGCAGGCUUUGACGACGAAGAUGAAUUCUCGAGCAGUGACGAGGACGAUGACGAUGUUGAGACAGAGGCAACCAUUGUCAAAGGAAAAGGCAAGCAGAAGGUAUCCAGCACUUGA